GCUGCAAACCUGCAUCUUAAGGGGGUAGGAUGUAACCCACUAUAGCUCAGGCUGAGUAUGUGAUCCUGGAUCAAUGCAUCUAUUGACCAACAACAAUUCUAUCUUUAGAUUUCAGAGUGGUGCCGCCUCUGACCUGCUCUGUGAUUGGCUGAAUCUCACCGGCGCAGAGCCAUGAUUGGCUGGACUCCGUGUACCGGCGAUGUCAGUGAAACUGUGCUGGUGAUGGAGGGAGCGCUGCUGAAAUGGACCAACUAUCUUUCAGGUUGGCAACCACGGUACUUCGUACUAGAGAAUGGCAUCCUCUCCUAUUACGAUUCACAGGAUGAUGUAGGCAAAGGUAGCAAAGGCAGCAUCAAGAUGGCUGUGUGCGAGAUCAAAGUUCACUCAACUGAUUCCACUCGUAUGGAGCUGGUCAUUCCAGGUGAGCAGUACUUUUACCUGAAGGCAGGAGGUGCUGCUGAGAGACAGAAAUGGCUGGUGGCCUUGGGCAGCUCCAAGGCUUGCCUCGGGGACAGCAGGAGCCAGAAAGAGAAAGAUCUGGACUUAAGCAAUGAGUCCCUUGGAAGGAAGCUCUCCGAACUGCGUCUCUACUGCGAUGUACUGACGCAGCAGGUCCUGGCUGUUCAGGAGGCAACCCAUCCUCAAGACAAUGGCUCCCCACUUGACAUCCAGAAGAUGAAUGAAGCUUCGUCCUUAUUGCGGGCCACCUGCAGCCAGUUCAUCUCCACCCUAGAAGAAUGCAUGAAAUUUGCCAAUACCCGGUUGGCUCCUGAACUUUACCAUCCUCUGGUGGUCCCCCAGCCUUCUGAUUUUGUGGGCACCAAACUCCCCCAUUCUCACCGGGUAAGGCGCUCUAUGAGCCACACAGGCAUAGUCUCCUCAGACAGAGCUCUGGAGGCAGCUCGGGUCACCCCUGCACCUCCCCAGGGCACUGUGACUGUGCUGCGCAACCUGGAGGAGAUGGUGAUGUUCCGUUCUCAGCACUGGGGGCAGCAGACUUCCCGGGCCGGAAGCCCCGCUGGCACCAUAGUGGAAGAAACAGCUGAUCCUCCAUUGCCGGCACAAGACUCUCCACUGGAUUCAGCUGGCAGUAACCAGCUACUGUAACCUGGAUUUUGGAGCGGCCUCUGCCUGUGUCCACAGUUUGGAGCCAUCCUUACGGCUAGCUAGCUAGCUGGCUGGCUGGAACAAUUGGCCCAGGGUUCUCUUCCCCUAGCCUAGGAAUAGCCCGAGUCCGUAGGCUGUGUGGCUGGGCAACCCCUCUGCCCCUGCAAGGCUGGCAGGCAUGAUGGGCAAAGCAUCGGUGCCUGUUCUUUUCCUCCGUCUUAGGUUGCCCGGUGUGCUGAGAGUUGCAAAGCAGUCCUCCAGUGGCAAGGGAUGGCUGUGGGGCAGGAUAGUGUCCACCUCUGCUUGCUGGACUGGGUGAGAAGGAGCUGCUGGCCCCGAAGAGGAGAGCACAGGAGGCAACUGCUUCCUGGACAACUGGCCAAAGUGUUCUCCCACCCCCCUUUAGUGACUUCUCUGGUUAGCCCGACGCUUUAGCCACGGAUUGAGCUGGAGGCUGGCGGCAGGGACAGGGCCUCCAGUGAAGAACUGUGACUACUGUGACCGAUUCCAGCCUUGCCGUUGCUUUGCUCCAGGCUGACUUGGGAGGGGUUCUGUGACCGGGGGAUUGGAUGGGCCAGCCUUUUGCCCAGAACUUUGCUCCAGUGGCAGGCAUGCUCCAGGAAGCCCCUCCUUGCUGUGCAUUACAUCACCUUCCUCAGCAGAGGGCCCUUUCCCACCCCUCCUCCUGCACCCAAGCCCCUCGCACCCGACCCAACUUCCCUGUGGAACUGGCCACGCGGGAUGCUCUCCCUGCAUCUCUUCAGCCUCUUUUCACGGCAGCGUGUAGCCAAUGUCUUCUGCAUUAGGAGAAGAAGCUUCUUUGGCCAUCUGGCCUCACCAGUGUUUGGCUUCCUCUGUGUGGCAUGGGGGGGGCGGAGGAGUCAGGGGAUGGGACCCCCUGCUGCACCAAACAUGAAUGAACCCUCCCAACUUCUGCCUAUGGGAGUCAACUCGUGUCUUGUGGGGCUGUCUUUCAUCUCCGUUUCUUUGUACAGAAGCAUGGCAGGCUCUUGGGUGGCUGUGCCUCUCCGGAGCUCGUUCGCACAGAGAGGCCUGCCAAAGAUCAGACUCUAAUUUUGAAUGAAGACUCUAAUUUUGAAGCAAACACAGCGUCACGCCUGUAUGUUGUCUUCCCCUAGAGGUGGAAGGAGGUACCUUUGGGGAUUUUCUGUGAGGAGCAGAGCCCAAAACAAAACAGUCUUCAUUCUCCUGGCUGCUUGAAGUGGCUGUGGCAAGCAAGACGAUCAAGCCGCAACCUCCUACCUGGCUGACACAAGCUGGGGUUCACACACGCACACACACACACCUGCAAAUGCUCCCUUGUCUGCUUUUGGCAAACAGGUGGUUGCAGUUUUAUAUAAAGCUUGGUGUGUUGCAUCACCAAAGAACCGGGAUGCAGGUGACUCAUAACGGCAGAAAUGUAACAAGGAACAGCAGGGGCUAUUUCUGGCUCUUCUCUUGCACUCCGCUUUCUGCCUCCCUGCAUGGCAGCUGACAUGCCUUGCAUUUAAUUUCUUUGUUGGAUACUUCAGAUAAUGGAGUGCACAAAGGGUUGGGUUUUUAUGGCAGUUCAAGCUGCUGUCUGUGGUAUAUCUGGCUUUCUAGUUUCCUGAAUAAGGGCAAGACACACUCACACUCAAAAGCAAAUACCCCCCCCUUUUUUUGGUCCCCAAAGGCAUGAGGGAAAUAAAUCUAGCACCCUGUGGUAGCAAGCAUGAAUUGCCCCUUUUGCUAAGCAGGGCCUCCCUUGGUUUUCAUUUGGAUGGGUGGCAACAUGUGAGCACUGUAAGAUAGUCCCCUUUGGGGAUGGGGCCAUAGCUCAGUGGCAGGGCAUCUGCUUUGCAUGCAGAAGGUCCCCGGUUCACUCCCUGGCAGCAUCUCCAGGUAGGGCUGGGAGAGACUCCUGCCUGAAACCUUGGAGAAGCCGCUGCCAGUCAGUGCAGAAAGUACUGAGUUAGGUGGACCCAUGGUCUGACUCCGUAUAAGGCAGCUUCCUGCGUUCCUGUACAAGCUCAUUUGCAUCAGUCCACAAGGCCAAGGGAGCUUCUGCCACAACCCAGGCUUCCCAUUCCCUUCACCGUUGUGGAUGGCCCCACAAACGCAGUGGGGAGAUAUGUUAUGUGCAGAGCUGACGGCAAGGGAAGGAAUGGGGAAGCCCUUGCUCAUGCAGAGCUCUAUGCUUAUGCACUGGAGCUCCUGCAGCAAGCGUUCUACAGAAACCAGUGGGGACUAAGCCUAGCAUACAGAUAGAGAAAAAUGAGAUGGCAGAAUGGACGGUGCCAUUUCAGAUGGCACGCUGCAAGGAAAGACCGUUUUUUGAAUGUCCCUUUUUGUGCAAACUAGCACAGCAUGGAGAAAAAGGCUGGGGUAGAAUUUUUCUACCUGCUGUGCUAGUUUUAACCAUGUCGGGAGUUCUUAUACAGGGAAACAUGAAAGAAGUGUGUGUGUCCCGUCCCCCCCCCCCCCCGCCGCCGCCGGCAGCUUGAAAUGGUCCAGUUGAUUCUGUCACCUUGGCACUCUUCCACCUUACGCUGCUGCAUGGAUGGACCCUGCCUUAUUUACCAAAUUUCAGAGCAAACAAAACUUGACACUAGGAGAUAUGAAUGACGUGUUUAUUUUUAAUGCAUAAGGCUCCCUAGCAAGGAAUGUACUUUAUAAGGCUGCAGGCUUUAAUUGGUAGGUUAAUUAAAGCUUUAGUUGAUCAGUC